AUGCCACCAGAGAAGUUCAUUCCGCCGCGCCAGCCGGAGCCUCCACAGAUCAAGCUGGUUUCCGAAGAGGGAGUGGACUUUAUCAAGGCACGAUGGGUCAUUCCGGAGACCUACGACAACAAAGUUGGCUUCAUAUACGACCAGGAAAAGCAGACCCACAUGAUCACCCACUACAGCGUCUACUUGCAGGGUGGGUACCCUUCGCCUGAUGUGAACGAGCACGAGGAGCUCAAGGAAAAUGUCCCGCAGGUCCGAGACUACAAGACAACGCCCAAGAACGGCUCCAACGUUGCGAAAUUUGAAGGGCUGGUUCCUGGACGCUACUACCACUGCAUAUUGAAGGCGUUCAGUGCAGCUGGUGAGUCCCCGUGGUCCUGGCCUUCCGAUGUUGUCCGUGCACCACCGGGAGCACCAGAUGCUGCCGCUGAGGUACAUGUUGUGGGCACCACCUCAACUUCGAUCACCGUGACUUGGCCCAGCCCAUCCGGCAACGGCGAAUGCAUCACUUCCUUCUACCUUCGGUGUCGUGAGGUUCGUGUUCUGCAGGGCUGGUUGGAUGGACAGCCGGCCGAUCCAGAUCAUAGUGGUCCCACUGCAGGUCAGUAUGCCGAGAUUGACGAGUGGUGGGCACCAGUGGCCAUCAAUUUCUGUGAUGCGGCGAGCGAACAGGCUGAAGGUACCAGUGAGCAACGCAAACUGCUGGCCCGACGUGCCUCUGUGCUGGGUGGCGUCAAGCACACACACGUCAUCAAAGGUCUGCAACCAGCAAGUUACUACGAAUUGGAGGUGGUGUCUGAGAACAGCGUCGGCUUGAGCGGCCCUACUCUCUCAGGGGAAGUGCGGACCCGAUCGACAAAACCAGGGCCACCCGGAAGCUGUGUGGGAGUAGGAGAUGCUACGAUCAACUCCGUGAAGUUUGCCUGGAAGGCAGCAUCAUAUACAGGUGGUGAGGAUAUUCUGGGAUACGAGGUUCGCUGGAUUCCGAACGCAGUCGGUAAACCGGCGCCGACAUCUCUGGAUGCUCUACUGGAUGAUUCUGCAGUGCGAAUCAUUGUCGGGCCCGAUUGCCACGAACUUGUGGCAGAGGGACUGCACCCUGGCGACGCAGCGAUUCCGGUGGUCCGUGCAUGGACAGAAGUCAGUCAUGGAGAUUGGUGUCGACUGCCAGCGGAUGCCGAGCUUGAGGACCUCUCAGCCUUGCCGGACAUGCCGGCCGAGACGUCUAUCCCCCCGCUGCUGGAAAGGACUCCUGCUGAGGACCACCGGCUGUAUUCCUUGAAGGCAAGCUGGACAUGUCCCGAUCUGAUGGGACGGCCUAUCCAGUACUUCAAGUUGAGGCUCUUCCGGGCUGACACUGAGGAGGAGAUUGAGGCCAUCCGAGCAGCGGGCAAAGUCUUGCCCCCACCAGCAGCCGAUGAAGCGCCAUGUGAGUUCACGAUUGAGAAGCCACCCAACAGGGAUUGGGUCAUGGGCGAAAUGAUCGAGAUGCAUGGUCUUCACAAGGCUCUUACUCCAGGAACUCCGUAUGUUGUCUACGUCCGUGCUACGUCGUCAGUGGGUGAUGCGAAGGGCUGGGGUGUGGCGAGCCUUCCGCAGACUGCGCCUCCGGACUAUCCUAGCAAGCCUGACAAGCCAACUUGUCCCUGGCAGUGGCCGACAGCCUUGGAGGUCCAUUGGAAGGAACCAUGGCUGAAAGGCUCCGAAUUGAAGACUCAGGUGCCUCAUGAUGUUGCACAUAAGACUUUCGGCGAGCGACAGAUUCACGUGGAUGGUAUGGAGUACGCAACAACGUACUACUUCAGGGUUCGGGUCCAGAAUGCCGUGGGAUGGUCCGAGUGGAGCGACAUCUCGGAGGGCUUCAUGACGGGCGCCUGCAGGCCGGCUCCACCGAAGCGGCCCGUGCUGGAGCAUGUGGAUAUGGAGCAGCUGGUCUUCCGGUGGAAUCAGCCCAACAGCCACGGCUCUGCCAUCGACAAGUAUGAGGUGUUCCUCGCAGACCAAGAGAGGGUCGCGAAAGUCCCGCAGCUGGUGGAGGACCUCAACAACUGCGAGAACGACCAGGAGCAGAAAGAGCUGUUGGAAGCACUGCCAUGCAAAGACUUUCACUCCAUCAAUGUGGAGGAAUUUGCAAAUCGUGCUGAGCCAGACCACAUCUUUGAAGGGCUGCUGGGAGGGCUGCAGUAUGCGGUGGCGGUGCGUGCCCACAACUUUGAGGGUUGGAGCGACUGGUCACCAGCUUUGGAUGACAUCGUAUCGCCGGCCGCCCCGCCUGAAGAAAGUCCGUCUCCCUGGAUGUUGGAGGCGACGAAGGACACGCUCCGGGUUGGCUUUUCUGUCCCGUACGACAACGGGGACCGCAUCACGCAAGCAGAGGUGUGCUGGUUCCGAAUCUCUGGGCCAAUGGAGCGGCACAUUGCCUUGGGCGGCAAGGUUACAGCGCCCACGUCAGCUUCCAGCAAGGAGGACGAAGAGGGCUAUGUCACGGUGGAUGUGCCAGAUACGGUCGAGCGCGCCAAGCCCGAGGAGUACGGAGGGAGUUGGGAGGCCCUGCUCACCGGCCUUGCACCUGGCACUGAGUACGAGGUUCAGGUGGCCUGCAUCAACAGCCAUGGCAAUGGGCCUUACUCAAUUGGCAUGCGCAUGGUGUGCUGCGCUGGCAUACCAGACAUGCCUGGCAGGAUACGACAUGCGAUCCCUGCAGCUCAAACUCGAGUGGCGAAGCCUCAACAAUUUCAGCGGGUGAUCAGCGACAUGUCGCAGGGCAACCUCUCCGACUUGGAGGCUCCGCCGACGCCCAGAAGCAGCAUGGACGAUGGCAGCGAGAAGGGGGAGCUGGCUGUGGAGGAGGAUAUGGCUCUCAGCCUUCCGGCUCCCUCUGCCGUGCAAUCUGGCGCCGUUUUCUUCAAGCGGACUCAGAAGUUGGAAGCACCAGAGGUGGGGCAGACAACUUGA